AUGACUAUUCCACAGCCAGAUAUCUCCACAAAUUACGGUAGUAGUGAGUUGGAGAGUUCUAUUACUUCCGCCACACCAUCACAAGUGGUAGUUUCUUCACAAACCACCCAAGGAGAUGACGAAAAAACAAUUACGUACCAACCAAUGACAUCCCAAACAGAUGGGACUACAAGUUCCGAGAUUACAGCGGCUUCAAGUUCAACAACUAUUGCUGAACCUCCACAACAAACACAAACACAGACAUCGGAUUCGUUCACCGUAGUGUCGGGAUCAACAACAUCUAUUGCAAAGUCUGCUUCCGAAGAAGGAAGUUCGACUACUGAUAUUGUUCCUUCAGGAAGUGCAUACACCCUAAGCACGGUUACUACAACCAUCUCUGGAACAGUGACAACCUACACAACAACAUGUCCAUUAAGUUCGAGCUCUAGUACAGAUGUAGUGACAUCGGAGGGUGUUCCAUCUUCAGAGGCUUAUACUUUGAGCACGGUUACCACUACUAUCUCCGGUACAGUGAUGACAUACACAACAUCAUGUCCACCAAGUUCAAGCUCUAGUGUUGUUGUUGGCUCGUCAGAAGAGGGUACUACAUCAGUGCCAACUACAAGUGUGACAUCAUUACAAACCACUGAAUCAGCUGGCAACCCAGUUGGUCCAUCAUCUCAAUCCGGAUGGUCUACUGUUUCUUCUUCAAGCAGCAGCAUUAAUACCCCAGAAGCUUCCACACCAGGGACUCCAGAAGUUUCUAAAACUUCAGUUAGCGAACAGGUUGCAACACAUUCCACCAACUAUCAAUCAAUUAAUACAUCCACAGGCUCAGAGUCAUCCUCAUCGACAACAUCUCCUGCAGAAACCCCUCUACCACAAGUAUCCAUUGUGACCAUCAGCAGUCAAACAUCUGCUGUCUUCCAAACAAUGUAUGAAGGUAAGGCAAGCAAACUAUCUAUUUCCCCUUUUGUCGCUCUUGUUCUAGCUUUCUUAUAA